AUGGAUGACCAAAGCUCUGGAUCGGUCAGAAUCGAGAAGCUGACCGCAUCUAACUUUUACAUCUGGAAGCAGAAAAUCGAGGUACUGCUUGCUCUCCGAGAUGUCGAUCAAUACGUUUUUGAUGAUAUAUCGGAAAAUGCGACCUCAGAUGAUCGCAGGAAGUGGAUUCGUGGUGAUGCGAAAGCAAAGGCAGUCAUCGGACUCACGCUUUCUGAUGACUACUUGCAACAUGUGCGAGGGUGUAGCAGUGCGAAAGAGACAUGGGAGGCGAUUCUGAAUGUGUUUGAGCGUCACACUUUGCUCAACAAACUUUCCGCCCGUCGCGACUUUUACACUGUUUCCAUGCUCCCAUCCGAGAAAGUGCUCGUGUUCAUCAAUCGUGUGAAGCAACUUGCUGCCAGAUUGCAGUCAAUGAGUGUUGAGAUUGACGAUAAAGAAAUUGCAAUGGCUGUGUUGAAUGGCUUGCCUCCACGAUUCGAUAACUUGAUUACCGCUUCUGCUUCAUCAUCACAUCCACCUGCACUUGUCAAUCGUAUGCCUAUUCGACGUGAUAUGAGAUGUACGAACUGUAAUCGACAUGGACACACCGCAGCACGUUGCUGGGGCAAGGAUGUGAAUGGGCGCCGACCAGCACCGCCAGACGGGUUCCGGUCCCGCAACCCCGGCAUGAAGCCAAGUGCAUUCGUAUCUCGAGAUGAAACUUCUACUGCUGCCUUUGCUGAAAGCGACUUUACAUGCCUGCUUUCGACUUCUUCUCCCGAAAAGAAGGCAGUGAACGCAGGGUCAUGGCUUGUGGAUUCCGGUUGCAGUGCCCACAUUACAUUUGAUCGCUCUUUGUUCGUUACUUAUGAACAGAUGCAAUCUGGAUCAGUCGAGAUGGGCACGAAGGCUAGAGCUAAUGUCGCUGGUCGUGGUGAGGUAGAAUUCUUGUUGAACGUCAAUGGACCAACUCUAGUUGCCACAGCUAGUCAAGUUGGGGAUUUAUUCAUACUUGAUGUCAUGAAUGAAACUUUCUCUGCUCAUGUAGUUACCUUGCAGACGCUACAUGAACGAAUGGCCCAUGUUAACGUACAAGGAAUCGCAUCAAUGAUUCACAAUAAUGUGGUAAGUGGCAUCAAUUCUGACAAUCACUCUCUCGUUUGUCCUGCGUGUGUGUUCGGCAAAGCAACGCGAUCAGUAAUCCCGAAACAGCGAUCAUCGUCUCGAGCACAGAACUGUCUUGACUUGGUACAUUCUGACGUUUGCGGUCCGCUCGAAGCGUUUGCAAAAUACAAGUUGUAUGAACAGUUUGCCCAAACGCACACUGGUCGCAAAGUGAAGGUGCUUCGCACUGAUCGAGGGGGAGAGUACUUGUCGACAGAAUUCAAGUCAUAUUUGGAUUCAAACGGUACCCAGCACCAGCUCACCACUGCCUACACACCUGAACAAAACGGUGUUGCUGAACGUUUAAAUCGAACCUUGAUUGAUCUUGUCCGUUCCAUGCUUUCUCAUAAACAGGUCAGUAAACGAUUCUGGGCAGAGGCUCUUGCCACUGCAGUAUAUGUACGCAAUCGAGUUACUUCACGGGCUUUGCCAGUUAACACGACUCCCCAUCACAUUUGGAUGAAGUCAACUCCAAAUGUUGGCCAUUUGCGAGUAUUUGGGUCAAAGUGUUGGUAUACAUUACCGAAAUUAGAGCUCCGUAAGCUUGACUUGCGAGCACGUGAAGCGAUGUUUCUCGGUUAUUCGCAAUGCAGUAAAGCAUACAAACGUUGGGACGGAGAGUUGAGUAAAGUUGUUGUUUCACGAGAUGCCAAGUUUGAUGAAUCGACAUGGGAGGUUAUUGAAAACGAGGACACUCACUCUGUAGGUGAGAAUGAUGAAGAUGAUGUAUCACCUCCCGUCGAAACUCCGAAUGUCACCCCUCCAACUCCGACUCCAGCUGUACGAAGAUCGUCUCGAAUCAGUAGACCUCCCGGAUCAUGGUGGAGGAGCAACUUGUUGUAA